ACAUGCACCCACCAAAGAUUGUUGUAAUUGAGCCUCAUCAACCAAUUAGAAGUACAGAGAUCGAACCCGAUAUUAUUUGGUUGCCGAGAAAAAAACUGAAAAAACUAUACUCCAUGGGAAACAGUUUGGGAGCAAAGAAGACCACAAAGGUCAUGAAAAUUAACGGGGAGACAUUGAAGUUGAAGACUCCCGUGCAAGCUGGGGAGGUGGUGAAGGACUACCCAGGACAUGUUCUGUUGGAUUCCGAGGCUGUUAAGCAUUUCGGAACUCGAGCAAAACGUUUGGAACCAAACCAGCUGCUGGAGCCAAGGAGGCUCUACUUCCUAGUAGAGUUGCCACAGGCUCCAAACGAGACCAAAGCUACAAGAAGAGUCCGGUCGGGGAUAAACACGAGUGCCAAGGACAGGCUCGAGAGCCUAAUGCUAUCUCGCAGGUCCGUUUCUGACCUUUCGAUCAUGAAAUCGACAAGCAUUAUGCUCGAGGAGUCCAAGGAAGGAUCGCAGGAGAAUAAUGGUGGUUUGAGGGUGAGACUGAGGAUUCCCAAGGCAGAAGUGGAGAAGUUGAUGAAGGAAAGCAAAGACGAGGUGGAGGCAGCCGAGAAGAUUAUGGAUCUUUGCAGCAGGGUGAGCGCCGGCACGGCCUGCAGUAAGGAACACAAAGAGGAGAACAUGGCGGCCCCCCUGGACCAACAACAAGUGCAUUGGGAAGAUGGGCAUGGAAGGGUUAAAAAUGGCAUCAAGGGACGUGAGAAGCGGGUGAGUUUCAUGCCAAUUGAAGGAGAAAUUCAAAUACCUGUGGCUUCUUAGCGCGCAGUUUAUCACAACAAGUACAUGAACGGCCAGCUCCAGACUCAAGUUUCUAAUAUUUCUCCAAUUAGAGGAGAUACCGAAUACCUGACCACAAAAUACUUUGUGUAUGGCGUGGUAGUUACGUACAUGGAACAACCUAUUUCUUCUUCUUCUUCUUUUUCUUUUGAAAACUGUUUAAAACAUGUUGAUGGAUGGAUUCUGAAAUAAAAGAGCUUGCAGUGA